AUGCGCCACGGAGUUGACCCAAUUGAGUCGGAUAUAAAGAAACUUGACACUGCUACGCUUUUGGAAAGUGCCGCGGGGUUCAGCCAAUUGAGUCGGAUGAAAAAGAUCAUUGCUACCUGGUUAGCAUGUGCCACGGAGUUGAGCCAAUUGAGUCGGAUGAAAACGGAUACAGAUGCAGCUUCGAGGCUGGAUCCGUGUACUGGUAUGGAAUUGGUUGAGGAAGUGGACUGCUACCUGGUUGGUAUGUGCCACGGAAUUGAGCCAAUUGAGUCGGAUGAAAUCGGAAUCGGAUAUAAACAAAUUAUUAGCAUGUGCCACGGAGUUGAGCCAAUUGAGUCGGAUGAAAAUGGAAUCGGAUAUAUCGCAUGUGGCCGCGGAGUUGAGCCAAUUGAGUCGGACGAAAAUGGAAUGGGAUAUAAAGAAAUUAAGGCGAGACGGGUCACAAUACUUAUAAAACUAUGUACCAAAUUGGGUUGUGUUCCACAGAUGCAGCUUGGAGGCUGGAUCCGUGUACUGCUAUGGAAAUGGUUGAGAAAGUGA